AUGGGAAGAACCUCUGAAAAAAAGGAUUUGACUGAUAACGACAAAAGAACCAUCGUUGUGGGUCGUCAAAAUGGACUGACCAUGAUGACGUUGGCAGGAAUGUUCGGCGUGACAGAGGCGUGCAUUUCUCAGUUCCUAAAGCGUCGGAAAGCUCAAGAUGGCUCUACUAAGAACCAACGAACUGGAAGACAACGUUUCACUGAUCGUAAUGACGAUAGAAACAUUUUGAAGACGUCUAGAACCAAUCCAAGACUCACCGCCCCUGCGAUCAGACGGGAAGUUUUCUUGAAUUCGCCAUCUCCGCCAUCCGUCUCGACCGUGAAACGACGUCUGAAUGCUGCUGGAAUCAUGGGAAGACGUCCAGUGAAGAAACCGCUGAUUCCUGAAAAGAAUCGAGUCGCCAGGGUGAAGUGGGCGAAGGAGCAUCUCAACUGGACCCGUCAAGACUGGAACAAGAUUCUGUGGUCCGACGAAACGGUCCUCCACCAUGUUUCACAGUGGGUAAUUGGUAUUUUGGAUGAUAUCUGGACUCAAUUGGUCCACGAACCCACUGAAUUCCGUCACUCCCGAAGAGGAGGAACUUGCUUUCGUCGGACCACAGGAUCUUGUUCCAGUCUUGACGGAUCCAGUUGA